GCAAAGCAGGCAGUCUUUCACUCUCGGCCCUGCCCAUGUCUGCGUCCUGCAUGAAAGACACGCCCCAGCGACACGUACUUAAGCUGAAGUUCUCGUGGUGAGGGCAUCAGUGAUUCCGGUGCUUUGAGAGUAUCAUGUCUUUCCUCAAGGUUGUUGCUUUCAUCGCCCUCGUGGCAGCUGCCUCUGCCCGCCCUGAUUCUGGUGGCCAUGGUGGACAUGCCGCCCCUGCCCACGCAGCUCCAGCUCACGCCCCGGCUGGUGGUUACGGCUACACUCCUCCUCCUCCCCCACCAGCGAAACCCGAAUACUCCUUCGACUGGGCCGUGAAGGACGACUAUGCCGCUCUUGACUUCGGCCAGCACGAGACCCGCGACGGCUACAACACCGAGGGCAGCUACUACGUGCUGCUGCCCGACAGCCGCGUGCAGAAGGUCACCUACACUGUCCACGGGGACGGCGGCUACGUGGCUACCGUGGAGUACGAGGGCGAGGCUAAGCACGACGCCUACGGCAAGCCCCCAGCUCCCACCUACACUCAGUGCCUACGGACCCCCACCCACACCAGCCUAUGGAAUGUGUUGAUGGUGACGUAUUUUUUAUGUGACGGGCGCCGCAAACAGAGUAUGCAUCACAUUUUCGACAAGAGUGAACAUACAAACAGCUUACACAGCUUACGAAGAAAACGUGAUGAUACUUCCCCGCCGACCCAUCGCCGCUGCCUGGGGCGUGAAGGGGAGGCCGGGAACGCGGCUUUCGACCUUCAAUAG